UCGCGUAUGUCCCACCGAGCCGAGAAUUCCGACAGUUCGACUCCGCGAUUGUUAUCACGAGGUUAUUUAUCGGUUAUUUAUCGUCGCGGACACGCGACAACGCUUAACUCGAAGAUCCCUCCCUCCCUCCCUCUGUCUCUUUGUUGGUGCUCGCGAGUGAAAAUCAGAAAAAUGUAUCGUACGCGUGCGACCAAAAACUACACGAGUGCAUCGGUGGGCAAUUAAACGAGACGCGGAGGCGACAGGUGGAGGAGGAGUUGGAUGCGAUGCGCUCGGGGGCCAGCGAGGAGGAGGACGAGCUGGCGAGCCUCUAAGCUGCCUCCCGAAAGCCGGCCACGAGCAUGACUCUUGCCGGAUCAGACCAUUCGCUUGCGGUGGAAACGACAGCGUUUCUGGGUGCCUGCCUCGGCUUCGUCGUCCUACUUCUGGUCGUGGCACUGUACUUGUCCCGCAAGUGGUACUACAUGCCGCCAGCUACGACGGCCACGCUCUUCGGUGGUGUCUGCGUGCCACUUUGCGAGUCCAGCAACGACGGCUCCGCCACCCACGGUCAGAACACCGGAAAGAACUAUCCGUUUUCGGAUCUAGAGACGAGCUCGGACUCGGAGGAGGACGCGUUGCGUCGGCUAAAUUGCCGAAAUCAUCCGCCAGCGGAUACUCUGACCAUACAAGCCGAGGACGAGUUACCAUCGAGUAUUUCAGAUUCUGCAUCAGUCAGUAACAACAAUGCGAUCAACAAUGACAGCAACAAUAACAACAGUGGUAGCAACACUCCCAACAGCCACCAUUUCAUCGAGGAUCAAGCCACUGAUGAACAACAGUGCAUAGUCGAGGUAGGCUCGACCACGGUGAUCCUCGACAACCAAGAACAUGAGGCGACGACAAUCGACGAGAGCGCCGCCACGACACCGACGGACGCCAUCACCUCGUUGGCGGUAGCGAGCGAGGAAACAGCCAGCCUCGAGGUCGCCUUCCUCUACGACGCGCCGAUGCGAGAGAUGACGGUGCACGUACUCCAGGGCCGCAACUACCCAGCGGGCAUAGGCGGUAGCCAAGUGCGCCUGGUGCUGUUGCCCUCGAAGAAGCAGCGCCGCAAGACCCGCUGCCGGCAGGGCGGCUCGCCCCAGUACAUGGAGAGCUUCCUCCUGCCGCGCGUCAACCCCGAGGACGUGAACGCCAUGGGGGUGCGAGUGCGGGUGUACAUGUUCGGGGGCCGAAUGCGCCGGGAGCGGCUACUGGGGGAGGCGCGCGUCUCCUUCGACCGGAUCAACCUGCGGCUCGAGACGACCCUCUGGCUGAGCCUGCAACCACCGCCGUCUGCCUCCGACUGGGGUGGCACGACCGCGAGCCUGACGCGCAGCGACUCGACGGGCUCCCAGCAAUCGGUCCAGUCGUACGCCCUGCCGACCACGCCGCCCUACGGUAGCAGCAUGAAGGGCGGCAGCAUUGCCGAGAUCCUCGUCGGGCUGACUUACAACGGGGUCACGGGCCGACUGUCGGUCGAGAUAAUCAAGGGCUCGCACUUUCGCAGCGGCACCGGCACGGACGUCAAGCCGCCCGACACCUACGUCAAGCUCGCCCUCGUCGACACCAACAACCACGAGAUGGGCCGGGCCAAGACGAGUCUCAGGCGCGCCCAGCCCAACCCCCUCUACAAGGAGACCUUUAUCUUUCAGGUGGCGCUGUUCCAGUUGGGCGAGGUCACGCUCUACCUGUCGGUGUACAACAGGAAGCGCACGGCUAUGGGCAAGAAGGGCCGGGAGAUGAUAGGCUGGCUGUGCCUGGGCCUCCAGUGCUCCGGGGCCGAGGAGCUCCAGCACUGGAACGACAUGCGCGCGGCCGGCCAGCCGACCCAGAUCCAACGCUGGCACUCGCUGCUCCGGCCCUGAACGGAAGCCGGCGCGAGAAGGGCCUAGAGCUCCUUCGCUACCGGGACAGUCGAGAAGCAGUGCGACAACAACCAAAUGGCGAUGCACACGCGUAACACCAAAUGGAAGUGGAAAAACAACCGAUCCAGCCCUCGUGGAGUGCGCGAGGCGCCUCGACGAUUCGCCACUCGAUCCCAACAAUUGGGUCUGACCUGGUGUUUUUUAGGGGGAGGCGACGACGAAUGACUCCGUCGCACACCGACCCGGUGGAUCACGACGGUGACGAUGCGAUCGCGGAUGUUGUCGUCCCCGCGACAGAUUUUUCCUUCCCCCCCCCCUCGCGACUGACGAGUUGGCGAACGAAUAUCAUGUAUGGUGUAUGGUGCAACUUUACGCAUAACAUGUAUAUGCAUAUAAACCCGUGCAUGUAUUAUAUAUAUAUAUCAAUUGCCAAUAACUGCCCUGUGAUCUGCAUAAUAUAUAUGUGAAGACGGUGGCUGUAUCUACUACUAUACCCAUCAUUUACAAGGUGGACGCGAACUGUACGGACCUGAAUGAGAUUCAGGGCUGAUCAUAUAUAUAUUUUACACGUACAUCAUGCCGAUCUCAACAUUUGACUAUACA